AUGUCUUCCAACGAUAAACUGAUACAGGAGAUUGCUGCUGGUGUAAGGUCUGCCAAGGCCGAGUUGGAUUUGGUAGUUGCUCACUUGAAUCAGAUGCAAAGUCGAAAGGAGCUAGCACAAAUAACAUCAAAAGAACUAGCAUCGUAUCCAGUGGAUGAUAUAUGGAGGUCCUGUGGCAAGAUGUUCAUGCUACAGAAGAAGGACACUUAUACUGAGGAGCUUAAGAAAGAUGAGACUGCAAUUGACGGCCAAAUUAGUGCCCUAAAAGUGAAGAAGCACUACUUGGAGACUACCGCUCACAACGCAAUGGAAGCUUUACAGAAAGCUGUGCAACAGAAAUAA